AUGGCGGAAGCUGCGCAAGGCAAGUCAGACGCGCCCGAGGCUCACGAAUCGGGGGCAGCAACCGAGCGUCAACCUGAGCCAGAAGUACCCACCGAGAAGGACCAACCGCCCCAGCAGCAGGAGACGGCGCCUGGAGAAGGGGACGCUCCUCGCCCGGAGACAUCACCGGCGCAGCCUCAGGAGCAGCAGGGGGGAGAAAGCGGGCAGGAUCAGCCCCCCCCGCAGGAUUCUGAGCAGCCGGGGGGAAAACCCGGGCAGGAACAGACCCCCCCGGAACAGGCGACGCAGAAUGCCCAGCCUGGGGGACAGACCGCGCAAGAGACGUCCCCCCCGGGACAGGCGCCGCAGACCCUCGCGCAGCCGGGGGGACAAUCCGCGCAGGGAAUGCCCCCCCCGGGACAGGCGCCGCACGUUUCCGCGCAGUCGGGGGGACAGACCGCGCAGGAAACGCCCCCCCCGGGACAGGCGCCGCAAACCUCUGAGCGGCCGUGGGAUCAGACCGGACAAGAGCAGCAGGCCCUGGGGCAACGAACCGGGGAACAGGCCCCCGAGAAAAUAGAAGCGCAAGCUGGUGGGGGGGAAGAAGCUGCGGGGAAAGCGGCGGGGGGAACCGGGGGAGAAGCGCAGUGGGACGGGGGGCGCGUCGUAUUCCACCACCCAUUCACGCGGUCGACCCGGGUGGUGUUCCUGCUGGAGCAACUGGGGCUGCCGUACAAACGCGUGUACGUGGACAAAAACCUGAAGCCCAUCGGGCCGCCCGGCUCCUUCCCCGACCUGAAGCUGCGCGCGCUGCCGACCCUGCUGGACAAUGACGUCAUCAUCACGGAAUCCAUCGCGAUCAUGGAGUACCUGCUGGAGCAGUACGACCCGGAGCAUACGCUAUCCCCCCCGCACGCGGACAAGGCGGCACGUGCCCAAUUCUUACAGUGGCUGGUUUGGGCGGAGGCGUCGCUGACCAUUCCGGUCGUGGGCUACGUGGUCAACAUCGUUCUGCUGCCGGAAGAGAAGCGGAACCAGAAGCUGGCGGACGCGUUCAAGCGGACGGCGCUGGAGGAGCUGGGCGUGCUGGAGGCCGCGCUCGCGGGCAAAACGCGCGGCAUCGUGGGCGACUCCUUUUCCGCCGCGGACAUCAGCCUGCAUUACCCCAUCUUCCUGGCGGCGGAACACGCGCAGCUCGUCACGCCGGAAUGGUACCCGAACAUCGCCACGUGGUACGCGGAGUCCAAGAAGCUGCCCGCGAGGGAGAAAGCGUUUGCCAGCAUGUGA